AUAAAUCAAGUAUCAUGAAACAAUCAUGGCAGGGCAUCAGUCAUAAAUUAACCCCUCAAUCCCAUGAUUUGGGGAAUCACAUUUGCCUCUUACACCAUGUUUAAUCCACUUCUUUGGGCCAGAUUUGGCCCGACACUUCGCCUCUCCCUUGGGCUUUGACCUCUCCUCCUGUUUUGGACUCGGAAUACUUCAACCAAAGGGCAUUCUGGUCAAGGAUAAAAUGCACCUUGAAACCUCUAUUGGUGCACCAGUUGUAUUUGGGUGCGGAGAAGCUGAAACUGGAUAUAUUUUGGGUCGGGGUGCGAUCAAUGGCCUAGGAAACGCAAAAUUGGAUGUAACAAAUCUUUUAUCAUCCAAAGGAUUUGUUCAAAAUUCUUUUUCAUUGUGCUUCACAAGCAAAGGGAGUGGCAGGAUUGCAUUUGGAGACAAGGGUGACCCUGACCAGAUGACAACGCCACUCGACACCCUACACUACGAGAGUGUGUUAUACAGCAUACGGAUAGAGCAAAUAUCCAUAGGAAAUGUGGAAUUUGCAGCACUAUUCGAUUCUGGCUCCACUGUCACUCGCUUGAAUGAUGAAAUAUACAGCUUAAUUGCAAAACAUUUUGAUUCUUUGGUGAAAGAGACGCAGACUAGAUCCUCCUCUGUCACCUUUGGAAUAUUGCUAUGAAACUAGGGAUACCUCAUAUUGGGUUCCUCCUUCCUUGAACCUAAAGACGAAGGGAGGGGCGAAUUUCCAUGUUAUCUAUCCCACUGUAAUUCUAAAUUAUACGGUAAAUAUGCCGGGCUACCAUCUCGUAUUUGAUCGUGAAAAGUUAAUUCUAGGAUGGAAAAGGUCAAGCUGUCAAGCAAGAAAAGCAAACACCAUUGCAUCUUUGCCAACAAUAGAAGUCAUAGUGUUCUUCAUUUCAGCUUUCUUUUCCAUAUCAGUUAUUAUGUUACUUAUAUAUUAUUUCCUCCGUCCCAAAAAAAAGACUCCGAAUUUCUAUUCACAGGUGCGGAGAAGUUGAAACUGGAUAUAUUUUGGGUCGGGGUGCGAUCAAUGGCUUACUUGGCCUAGGAAACGCAAAAUUGGAUGUAACAAAUCUUUUAUCAUCCAAAAGAUUUUUUCGAAAUUCUUUUUCAUUGUGCUUCACAAGAAAAGGGAGUGGUAGGAUUGCAGUGACCCCAACCAAAUGAUAACAACGCCACUCGACACUCUACACUACGAGAGAGGUCAAGAAGAGAAAGAAACCCCAUUGCCUCAAGCACUGCCCCAAUAACAAAAUCAACAUUCAACAAAUAAGAUGGGUUAUUUCUUACUUGGUGGCAGACGCACUCUUAUGCUUUCUCUAUGCCUUAUUUUUGUGAUGCAUAACUUCGCAGCUGAUGAUGGGGUUAGCACUGGACGACGAAAAGUGCUGUUUUAUCCAUUUUUCCCGUGCGGGGAAGCGCCGUGUAGAAGGGAAGAUGUUUGCGGCGAGUCGUGCGUGAAGAAGGGUGGCUCCUGCCUCUUCCAGCAUUUCAAUGUUCCCACUAUUUAUUGUUGUUGUUACUAUAAACCCAAAAAUUAAAAAUGGUUUUAUUAU